GUGUCAGUCAAACAGACGCUUGACACGUGUUGCAAGGCUGAACUUUUCCAUAUGUGUCAGUUGUGGGAGUUGAUGAUGAUGCCGGUGAUGAUGAAGGUAUGAGGAUGCUCGGUAAUAAAAAGACACGCGGCGCAAGUGAGAAGCAACAUAAAGGAGAUCCGCCAUGGCCUCUGCGCUGAAAAGACUGCUGCACUUUGCACUGUUGGUUACGUUGUUGGUGCCGGAAUGUCGCCCGGCGCCGCUGGCCGACAUCUCUUGCCAAGACGACUUCUCCACCCUCAUCAACAUCGUCAACACGCUCGGCGCCCAAGCUGCGCACCUGCUCGACGAAUACAUGGUUUUCCACGGCCUGAGCGGCGAGCCUCCCAAUGUCCCCGACUACGCUGUGAUGGGCUCCAACUUCUUCGAGCAACUUCAGGAUAUCUACGCCAAGAACGUGCUGUUCCAACUGCAUCUCGCCAAGGUGGAAAAGUACCAGAACGAAGACUGGGGCAACCCCAGGAACGUCGCCGAGCCGCUCGACCAGGUCAAGGGGAAUCUUAUGUUCUCAAGCGCCAUAUUGAUGAAAUUGGCCCGCCAAGUCCAGCCGGAGGUGGAGCUGGCGACAGAGGAGCCUCCACACGAGACCCAUGAUCACAGUUGGGCCAAGAAGUCCUAUGGUUGGAAAGUCAUUGCAGGCCUGAAAAACUGGGUGGCAGAUGUCAACAGGGUCCUGAAGGUGAUGCAGGCCCCGUGUAACAAUCGCAUCAAUGAGACAGAGCGAAGAACCGUCAGGGCCCCGAAAUCCAGACGGAGGAGGACCCGGGAUCGCUUCUCGUGCUGAUUAUCGCGCUAUGCUCCGCUUGUGGGAGAAAACCUGAUUGGGUCCAGAACUGACACUGACCACCUGGUGUGCCUGAAGGCUAAACUGUCAUUAGGAUGCAGAACUUUGACCAGGCUCUGGCUCCAAAAGGUAGCCAGACAAAAAAAAUGCACAAAAACGGUUAGCCGGUUCAAAACCUUCCUUUCGACCUUUCCCGGCCGGUGAUGUAGUAGGUGGCGCAGCUGCACGUCAAGAGUUUUGCUCAGGCCGUGGAGAAAAGUGGAAGCGAGUCUGCUGAUCCGGAUCCCUUCAUCCAGGAACUGUCCAAUUGCCUGGCCCAGCCAAAUGUUCUGAUGAAGCUGCGGAACAACAAAAUGAAGCCAGCAUCUGUCCUCUGAUGAGGUUGUAGGGAAAAAACUGAUUUGAUGGCAAUAAAUGUGAGAAUACGGAUCCAGAAGGUAGCCCGACGCCUUUGCACAUGUAGCUUUGCUACGAGAACCUAAUUUGCCCUCAACAAAUCUUCCUCGGUCCACGGCCCAAAGAGUUGUCGCAGGGUACUGCGGGUUGCAGAUCUCCGCCACAGCCUCGCAAGCGUAGUUGGAUCCGGUCCAGUCCGCAAAACCUUUUGCACUUUCCUCUGAUGAGGUCAAUCUUGUCACUGUGCAUUAUGAAGAUUAUUUAAUGUGUUGUUAUUGCUCUAUUUAUUGUUUUAAAUUAAAGCGCAGAGUUUCUAAA